GGCGGGGGGGGCGGCGCCCGGCGCGGCCACGUUCGGGUGCGCGGAGCAGCGGCGCGGGCGGGCGCAGCGAUCGGCGGCGGGCGCGGGGCGAUGGGGGCGCGGCGGCGGCCGGCGCUCUGACAGCCCCCGGGCGCUCCCCUCGGCAGCGGGCAGACCGGCUCCCGGCAGCGGCGGCGGCAGCGGCCCCCUUAGCCUCGGCGCGGACCAUGUUCGCCAAAGGGAAGGGCUCGGCGGUGCCCUCGGACGGGCAGGCGCGGGAGAAGCUGGCGCUGUACGUCUACGAGUACCUGCUGCACGUCGGCGCCCAGAAGUCGGCGCAGACCUUCCUGUCCGAGAUCCGGUGGGAGAAGAACAUCACGCUGGGCGAGCCUCCCGGCUUCCUGCACUCCUGGUGGUGCGUGUUUUGGGACCUUUACUGCGCAGCUCCCGAAAGGCGAGACACUUGUGAACAUUCGAGUGAAGCCAAAGCCUUUCAUGACUACAGCGCAGCUGCCGCCCCGAGUCCCGUGCUUGGAAACAUUCCCCCGAACGACGGGAUGCCCGGGGGCCCCAUCCCGCCCGGUUUCUUCCAGGGACCGCCUGGGUCACAGCCCUCGCCACACGCACAGCCUCCACCCCACAACCCUAACAGCAUGAUGGGACCCCACAGUCAGCCCUUCAUGUCGCCGCGCUACGCCGGAGGCCCCCGGCCCCCCAUCAGGAUGGGCAACCAGCCCCCGGGCGCCGUUCCCGGUACACAGCCGUUGCUGCCCAAUUCGAUGGAUCCCACGCGACAGCAAGGGCACCCUAACAUGGGCGGCCCCAUGCAAAGGAUGAAUCCUCCACGAGGGAUGGGCCCCAUGGGUCCCGGUCCACAGAACUACGGCAGCGGCAUGAGACCUCCACCCAACUCCCUAGGUCCCGGCAUGCCUGGAAUUAACAUGGGGCCGGGAGCUGGCAGACCGUGGCCGAACCCCAGCAGUGCUAAUUCAAUCCCCUACUCUUCUUCAUCGCCUGGUACAUACGUGGGUCCGCCCGGAGGCGGCGGUCCUCCAGGGACACCCAUCAUGCCCAGUCCUGCAGAUUCAACAAAUUCAAGUGACAACAUCUACACAAUGAUUAAUCCAGUACCGCCCGCAGGCAGUCGAUCGAAUUUCCCGAUGGGCCCUGGCUCCGAUGGCCCCAUGGGCGGCAUGGGGGGCAUGGAGCCCCAUCACAUGAACGGAUCAUUAGGGUCAGGAGACAUAGAUGGACUUCCAAAAAAUUCUCCAAACAACAUAAGUGGCAUUAGCAAUCCCCCGGGCACUCCAAGAGACGACGGGGAGCUGGGAGGCAACUUUCUCCAUUCCUUCCAAAAUGACAAUUAUUCCCCCAGCAUGACGAUGAGUGUGUGAUUUCCCUCCCCCUCCUCCUCUCCAGGAUCAAGAGAGUCAGCUGCCGUUCGGAGGAUCUCAACGAAUUAUGCAAGAAGAAGAAGAAGAAGAAGCUAGGUGUAUGGGCAGGGAGACGCGUGGCGGGGGCCAAAACCCCAGGUUUAGUUUCAUGCAAUAAAAAGGCUGAACUUUUUAUUCCAUAAAACAUGAAGGACAAAACUUAAAAUAUUUCAAGACAUGACAAGGCCCUUCUUUGUGCAGAAGGGUUUAUAUAUGUACAUGACACUUCUUUUUGGAAACAAACGGAAGCCUCUAGCACCCAACUCCGAUCUCUUUGCUUUGUUCUUUUAAAUAAAGACAGAAACCGAACCUGUUGUAUGUUUGUGCCGUGCAACACCAGGAAGCUAGUCUAGAUAUGAAAUCUCAUGUUGUCUCUGUUGUAGUCUUUUUUUUUUUUUUUUUUUAAUAAACUGGACAGUUUACAAUGGUGGUUUUCGUUCAGAAGGCCUGUUGUUGUUUUUUUUGUUUUGCUUUGGGUUUUUUGUUUGGUUUUUUUUCCCUUCUGUUCUUGGGGUUUUUUUGGUUCGUUUGCAGCACAACGCUUCCUCCUCCAGUUAACAAGAUCUGCUUUGGGGAAGAGACUCCACCACCUCGUUAUAAACUUGUUAACAGAGGUGACCCCUUCUAGGAUCACAUCCUCGAAUGAAUCGUGAUCUUGCUCUCUGUGACUGUGGCAUGCACUGUGUUAGUCUUUCCCCCUCUCCGAGUACAAGAAGAAAUCUCUGUCCCUCCCUUCCCCAGAGCCCUUCAGCUGGUUCACUUCAAAAAAUUGAUCAUUUAAAUUUAUUAUUUUUUUUAAACCCAC